CGGACAGGCAGGUUCAGUUAGGGAUUGGAGUUGUAAGUAGGCUGUAUAUUUCGGUCACAGGGGGUAGACUUGGCUCUGUACGAAAUUAUAGGAAACGCCUUGCAGCGGCAGAUUAGCAACAUCCAGCUUCACAUGACAUUAAAGUUUUGCCCUGAUGGUGCCAAGAACCCUCUAGAAACCUUUUAGGCAGUGGUAGGGCUGCAGCCGGUACUCUGAUAGGCCAGUCCAGCUCUUUUUUUUAAGCUUCCCACUGGACACAAAUGGUUUUGAGUCAUGGAUCAAGGUGUUGUGGACAGUCCUGUUACACUUGUCAUCAGGGCACCCAACCAGAAGUACGAUGACCAGACCAUCAACUGUUACCAGAACUGGACUGUGGAGAAGCUCAAAGCACACCUGUCCGAUGUAUACCCAAGCAAGCCAAGCUCCAAAGACCAGAGGCUGGUGUAUUCUGGGAAGCUGCUUUUGGAUCACUUUACCUUAAAAGAUGUGCUCAGAAAGCAGGAUGAGUACCAUAUGCUCCAUCUGGUGUGCGCCUCACGAACUCCUCCCAGCUCCCCGAAGCCCCCCCGCAGCCGCAGUAACAAGCCUCAGGAGAACUCAGCCGGUCCCACGCCCCUUCAAAACUCUGUUAGUCCUUCCACUGGUCAACAUAGCCAGCCAUCUCCAGGAGACAGCAGUGAUGGACUCAGACAGCGAACUGGACCCUUCCCUGACCACCAUUCGUAUCUACAGUUUAUGCAGACCUGGAAUCAGUACCCCCCACCAUCAACACCUCCCUCAAACAUGGCGCCCGCUUACUACAACCCCAUGACUGUAAUGUGGUGGCAGCAGCUGUACGCCAGACAAUACUACAUGCAUUAUCAGUUACUGGCUGCCUCCUCUCAACACCUCAGGCCAGGCCAGCCCUCGACUCAUUCUAACCAGCCCGAUCCUCUGAGCCAGCGGCCUCAGGCGGAUCACCGUGGCAACCCGGAAGUCCAGAUGAACGCCCAGGGAGGGGAGAUCCUGAACGAGGAGGAGCUGAACCGGGAUUGGCUGGACUGGGUGUACACGUUUUCACGCGCCGCGAUCUUACUCAGCGUGGUCUACUUCUACUCCUCCUUCAGCCGGUUUGUCAUGGUGAUGAUGGCCAUGCUCGUGCUUUACCUGCAUCAGGCCGGCUGGUUUCCCUUCAACCUGGAAAAUGAGCUCCAGCUUCCUGGAGACAGAGCCAAUCAGGACGAUAUGGAGGGAGAGCUACAAAACCACGACUUCCAAGAAAUGGAAGGAGUGAUAGAUGACGGCUCGGAUGAUGACGGGGAAAGUGGAGAGGAAGGAGCAGAAGAUCCAAACAGCGCCCCCCACGUGGGCUUCCUGUCCUCCACGUGGUCCUUCAUCAUAACCUUCUUCAUGUCACUCAUCCCAGAGGGACCACCGAACGCUGCUAACUGAACCACAAGCCAAACCACAGUUCUCCACAGGAGCACAUCCUUUCUUUAAGAGGAGGACGGAUAUCCUGCCUGCUUAGGGAAACUGUUUCCGUUGCAAUGCAGUGUUAUAGUUUCCCACUAGUCUCUGUUACUACAUAUCAAAGACUUUGAGCCAAAACACAAAUGACUGAUUUAAGUUGAAAGAGAAAGAUGGUCACUUCGUAUGGAGCUUUUUGUUUGUUUGUCUGCACAAAGACAAACAUUUCAAACUGUCAAAUGGCAGAAACAUUAGUUUAGCUGCUAUAUGUAAGAAUUGCUAGUGAUACCUUGUAAUUAUAAUCCAAAUAAUAAUAGUGUCUGUUAAUGCAUUGUUUCUGUAAUUUAUAAAAUAGAGACAGCAGGCACAUUUAUAAAUACAAAUAACUACAACUCUACUUGUGUUUAACAACCUGAAUCUUUUUUUUUCUUUGUAAAAAGUUGUAAUAUUUGUUGAAAUGGUUUUGUUUGAACUGUACUGUUUUUUUGUAAUGGUGGUUGCAUCCAAAUAAGACAUUUUAAAAAGGCCACUUCAGUCCAGAAGCUGAAUGCCAGCGAAUAAUCCUGAAUCAUGUAGAGUGUGUGAGUACUUACAUGAGUGAUUUUGGCCUGAGAGCUCAUACAAUGUGUGUGAACACAUUUUGUACUGUGUUGAAGUGUAACCCAGAGUGACGCUGGCUGACAGAAGUGUGAUUUUUACUAAAGUGAAACAAUGUACCACUAAUUCUCUGACAGCCUGAAAGAAAACUGAGUGAGGCUGAAGUAUUGAUUUUGCGCCAUUUGUGGAAUAUCAAACAGGACGGAUGGUGUUGUGGAUUUCAGUCACGCGGCAUCGAGCGGCCAAGAGACACUCUGAAAUUUCACACUGUUAAAUAAAGCACUGCCACAAUUCAGUUCACGUAGGACAAAACUUGUGAGAAUGGCUGCUGCUGUUACCUUUAACAUAUUGUGUACCAAUAAUAAUAUUCAUGUUUAUUAAACUUUCACUCGUG